AACAUUCAACAAGUGGGCCUGACGGUUAUCCGAAUUUCAUUGGAUUACGUACAAGCGUAUGUAUGUAUGCAUGUGUAUGUAUAUAUGUAUGUAUGUACAUUGGCAAAUCAAUGGGUCUUCUUCAUUACAUAUGAGUCAAAAGCAAAGAUCUUCAGACACAAUCAGAGAGCUGAAAAUAACAGUCUGGAAGAAAAAGAACCGAGAGUGGAGAAAUUGUCAGAUACUCGGACAGAUCCACUGAGAAACAUGACAAAGAGCUGUCUGGUUUUCGCCAUUAACGGAGAGAGGUUCGAGCUCGAGCUCUCUUCCAUGGACCCUUCAACCACUCUCCUUGAUUUCUUGCGCAUCAAGACUCCUUUCAAGAGCGUCAAGCUCGGUUGCGGCGAAGGUCAGACAAUCCAUACUUCUCUCUGUUCUCUUCAUCGUACUGAAAAGUCAACGCUUUAAUCUGUCGGUUUCAAUCAUGUUCUUGAAUCAUCUCUCUCGUUUCUUUCUUCUGGUAUCUGGGUUUUUUUCCCCGACAAGGUUUGGUUCUUGUUCAUGGCAGGUGGUUGCGGCGCCUGUGUUGUCCUUCUCUCAAAGUACGAUCCUGUUCUUGACAAAGUUGAAGACUUCACCAUCAGCUCAUGCCUCACCCUUCUCUGCAGCAUCAAUGGCGGAUCCAUCACCACUUCCGAAGGCCUCGGAAACAGCAGACUAGGGUUCCACCCUAUCCACGAGCGAUUCUCGGGGUUCCACGCCUCGCAGUGCGGAUUCUGCACUCCCGGAAUGUGCGUUUCUCUGUUUUCCGCAAUCCUAAACGCCGAGAAAUCCAACGAGAAAAACCACCCGCCGCCUCCGCUCGGAUUCUCCAAUCUCACUUCUGCAGAAGCUGAGAAGGCGGUCUCAGGAAACCUUUGCCGUUGCACUGGAUAUCGUCCGAUCGUUGAUGCUUGCAAGAGUUUCGCCAUUGAUGUCGACAUCGAGGAUCUUGGAUUCAACUCCUUUUCCAGGAAAGGAGAUAGCAAAGAGGAGAUCCUCGGACGGUUACCCCCUUAUGAUCAUAGAUCUCAGAUUUGUACAUUUCCCGAGUUUCUGAAAAACGAGAUCAAGAUCGAUAUGUCUUCCGACCCAAGAAAGUAUCGAUGGUCUGCCCCGGGAAAUCUCGGAGAACUUCAAAGCUUGUUAGAAUCUUACAAUGGUGAAAGUGGGGUUUCGAUGAAGUUAGUCGCAGGUAACACGAGCAUUGGAUACUACAGAGAAGAACGGGAAAAGCGGUAUGACAAAUACAUCGAUAUCAGGCAUAUUCCCGAGCUCACGGUGAUAAGAGGAAACGAGAAAGGGAUCGAACUAGGAGCUGCAGUUACGAUAUCUAAAGCCAUCGAGGUUCUGAAAACAGAACAAGAUUCUCAUAAUCCGUCCUCCAACGCGAAUAUACUGCGACAAAUCGCUUCUCAUAUGGAAAAGAUUGCAAACAGAUUCGUCAGAAACUCGGCGACCAUAGGAGGAAACCUGGUGAUGGCACAGAGGAAGCAGUUCCCUUCUGAUCUCACCACGAUACUUCUUGCAGUUGGAACAAUGGUGAAGAUAAUCAGUCGAUCGAGCCAAGAACGGAUCACAUUGGAAGAAUUUCUCGAGCGACCUCCAUUGGAAUCCAGUUCCGUGCUUUCAAGCCUCGAGAUCCCAUUUCAGGAUCUUACAAACAACGGUUCCUUAGAAAGAAACAAGCUUUUGCUCUUCAAGACCUACAGAGCGGCACCACGGCCUCUUGGAAACGCUCUAUCGUUUCUGAAUGCCGCUUUCUUAGCGGAAAUUUCUCUGAAUCAAAAUCUCGACGGCAUUGUAGUGAACCAUUGUUGCUUAGCUUUCGGGGCAUAUGGGACGAAACGCGCGAAAAGGGCAAAGAAAGUCGAAGAGUUUCUGUCAGGAAAAGUGAUAUCUGAUGAAGUUUUGUAUGAAGCAAUCGGUUUGCUGAAAGAUUAUAUAGUACCUGAUGAUGGUACUCGUAGUCCCGCUUAUCGGUCAAGCUUGGCAGUUAGUUUUCUGUUCAAGUUCUUCAGCCCGUUAGCCCAAAAAAUUGCUGAAUUAUCGAACGGUUUACUCAACGGGUCGAAGAAUUUCUUGACGGAGACGGAGUUGGAAGGUAAGGAGAAUGGUUACCACAACCCCGGUCCUCCGAAACCUGCAGCCUUUCUGUCAUCUGCACAACAGAUCAUCGAGAAUCAUGAACAUAGUCCGGUUGGAAAAGGCGUUGUCAAGGCUGGAGCUUGCCUCCAAGCGUCUGGCGAGGCUGUUUAUGUAGACGACAUUCCUUCUCCGGAGAAUUGCCUAUACGGAGCGUUUAUAUAUAGCACGAAGCCGUUGGCACGGAUCAAGGGUAUACGUUUCAAUCAAGAUUCAGUUCCAGAAGGAGUUCUUGGCAUUGUUACUUACAAAGAUAUCCCCAAAGGCGGAGUAAAUGUCGGCACAAAGGGAUUCUUUGCAUCAGAUCAUCUUUUCGCAGAUGGAAUCACCCGUUACGUCGGUGAUAGAAUCGCCUUCGUGAUUGCAGAUACUCAGAAACAUGCAAAUAUUGCAGCAAAACUUGUUGUGAUCGAUUACGAUACCGAGAAUUUAGAACCGCCGAUACUGACUGUCGAAGAUGCUGUCGAGAAAUCCAGCUUCUUCCAUAUCCCUCCUUUUAUGCAGUUUAAACCAGUCGGAGACGUCUCCAAGGGCAUGUCAGAAGCUGAGCAUAAGAUUCUUGGAUCAGAGAUACGUUUUGGGUCACAAUACUUCUUCUACAUGGAGACACAGACUGCUCUUGCAGUGCCUGAUGAAGACAAUUCCAUGGUGGUUUAUAGCUCGACUCAGAACCCCGAGUACGUUCACCGUACAGUAGCUGCAUGCCUCGGAAUUCCCGAGCACAACGUUCGGGUGAUCACCCGAAGAGUUGGAGGCGGUUUCGGUGGAAAAGCCUUGAAAUCUAUGCCUGUGGCUGCAGCUUGUGCACUUGCAGCAAACAAAAUGCAGAAACCUGUGAGGACUUAUACCGAUCGAAAAACUGAUAUGAUAAUCUCUGGAGGAAGACAUCCUAUGAAAGUAACUUACGGUGUCGGGUUUAAAUCCGACGGGAAGAUCACAGCUUUACAGAUAGAGGUUCUGAUCAAUGCAGGAGCAAAUGAAGAUAUAAGUCCAUUGAUUCCAGGUGCAAUCUUGUGCUCAUUGAAGAAAUACGAUUGGGGAGCGCUUUCCUUCGACGUGAAAGUCUGCAAAACGAACGUUGUGAGUAAAACGGCGAUGAGAGCUCCUGGGGAUGUACAAGGAUCUUAUAUAGCAGAAGCCAUUAUUGAACAUGUUGCUUCUUACCUUUCCAUGGAGGUGGAUCUGAUCAGGAAGGUUAACUUCCAUACUUACGAGAGCUUACGGUUAUACCACGACGACAGUGCUGGCGAAUUCCCCGAGUUUACGUUACCGCUGAUAUGGGAAAAAGUCAGCGAAUCUUCGAGUUUCAGACAAAGGAUGAAGCUUGUUGAGGAGUUCAAUACCGCUAACCUAUGGAGAAAACGCGGAAUUUCUCGGGUACCCGCUGUCUAUGGUGUGGCCGUGAGAUCAACGCCGGGAAGAGUGAGCAUUUUGAGUGAUGGGUCAAUAGCCGUCGAAGUUGCGGGGAUCGAGAUAGGACAAGGGCUUUGGACAAAGGUGAAGCAGAUGACUGCAUAUGGCCUCGGGUUGAUCAAAUGUGGAACGAGCAAGGAGUUACUUGACAAAAUCCGGGUUAUCCAAUCCGACACAUUGAGUAUUAUUCAAGGGACUAUGACUGCCGGUAGCACGACGUCUGAGGCGAGCAGCGAAGCCGUGAGGAUUUGCUGCAACAGUUUAGUGGAAAGACUUCUUCCGGUCAAGAAUGGGUUGAUGGAUCAAACAGGAGGUCCCGUAACUUGGGAAAUGCUCGUUCAAGAGGCGUACAAGCAGUUCAUAAACAUGUCAGUGAGUACAAUGUAUAAUUCAGAUUUCGCUACCGGGCAAUACCUGAACUAUGGAGCUGCAGUGAGUGAGGUCGAAGUAAACAUUCUUACAGGCGAAACAACGAUCCUGCAAACCGAUAUUGUAUACGACUGUGGGAAAAGCCUCAAUCCGGCUGUGGAUCUUGGGCAGAUCGAAGGAGCAUUCGUUCAAGGACUGGGGUUCUUCAUGUUCGAAGAGUAUAUCACAAGCCCGGAUGGCCUGAUGGUUUCAGACAGCACAUGGACGUAUAAAAUCCCGACGGUAGACACCAUUCCCCGACAGUUCAAUGUAGAGAUUCUGAACAGUGGACACCACAAGAACCGUGUUCUUUCAUCCAAAGCUUCGGGUGAACCGCCAUUGCUUUUGGCCGCCUCUGUACACUGCGCUACCCGAGCAGCUGUGAAAGAAGCCAGGAAGCAGCUUAUGACAUGGAAAGGACAAGACGAGUUAGAUUUGAGCUUCGAUUUACCAGUCCCAGCAACAAUGCCAGUUGUAAAGGAGCUUUGUGGGCUUGAUAUCGUCGAGAGAUACUUGGAAUGGAAAAUGCAGCAGAAAUUGAAGACUUGACCGCAUGUUUUCAGCAAAUGCUUACUUUCCUGUAGAAUUUGGAAUGUUAACUUUACAACAACGGUGGUUUUCUUUGGAGUGUAUCGUGAAUAUGUAUCACUGCUGGUAAUAUGUUGACAACAAUCUUUCGGUUUUACAUGUGGUAUGCAUCGGUUAUUCAUCUCGA